AUGGAACAGCCAGAUAUGAUCUUUAUUCAGGAGUCUAAACUGGAGUGCAUGGACAGAUUUACUAUCCAGAAAUUAUGGGGAAAUGGGGAUUUCGCUUUUGCGGUGUCUAAUGCCAUCGGAUCUUCUGGUGGUCUGCUGUCCAUUUGGAAUAGAAAAUUUUUCAAAGCUGAUAAUAUCAUCUCCCAUAGGUCGUUCAUUGUUAUGCAUGGUGUAAUCAAUAAUUCUUUUCCUUGUUGUUUGGCUAAUGUUUAUGCUCCGAAUGAGGUGGAAGACAGGAGAGUCCUAUGGGAUGAACUUCUUGGUUUAAAGGGGAAUUCCUCUACUCCGUGGUGUAUAGGGGGUGACUUUAACGAAAUUUCAUCUAUCAGUGAAAGGAAAGGGUGCCAACGAUUGGAGAGAGGAAUGAAGGAGUUUUUAGAAUUCUUUAACUCCAUGGAGCUUCUUGACAUUCCAAUGAUUGGAAGGAAGUUCACGUGGACGAAUUACCAAGAUCAUGCCAUUUUGAGUCGGCUGGACAGAUUUUUGAUUUCUCAACAGUGGCUGGAUAGUUUCAAGCUUCUUCAAUGGGGGCUUCACCGGCCUAUCUCUGAUCAUUGCCCCAUUCUGCUCACUGAUGACAGCAGAGAUUGGGGGCCCAGACCUUUCAAAUUCAUGGAUAUCUGGCUCUCAAACCCAAAAUGUAUGAUUAUUGCUAAGGAAACAUGA